CCGAGCUCUGUGCCACAUCUUCCACUAAAUGAUAAAACUGCUUCUAGCAGGAUACUCCGUGCUAAACCCUAGUUUAUAAAGCAACAUUCAAACUACUCUGGUCAAACGCUUUUUUUCUUUCAUAUUUCUUUUAAAACGGGUCAGAGUAAUUCGAGCAUUUUUUUCCUCCGUCUUUUGCAGUUUCAUCUGUGGAAAGCUUGACUACUGUAAGUUAACGUCAAGUUAGGCUGGUGGGGACGCCAUAAAGUGGAAGAGUGGACCUUUACUAAGUGGACUUUUUCACCCACAAACGAGUCCUUCAAGAGGAGCAGAGGAAGCCGAGCAGCCGUUGACGUAGAGAGAGCAAAAGUGCAGGGAGAGCGAAGAAGUGUGCAGAGAAGGUGAAAACACCAGCCCAGCUGUCUGCCUGUGGAAGUGCUGCGUCAUGGGGAAACAGAACAGCAAGCUGCGGCCUGAAGUCCUGAACGACCUGAGAGAAAACACAGAGUUCACCGACCACGAACUGCAGGAGUGGUACCGCGGCUUCCUGAAGGACUGUCCCACCGGCCACCUGACUGUGGAGGAGUUCAAGAAGAUCUACGCCAACUUCUUCCCAUAUGGAGACGCCUCAAAGUUUGCAGAGCACGUCUUUCGCACGUUCGACACCAACGGCGAUGCCACAAUUGAUUUCAGGGAGUUCGUCAUAGCGCUGAGUGUGACGUCUCGUGGAGGGCUCGAGCAGAAGCUGCGCUGGGCCUUCAGCAUGUAUGACCUGGACGGGAACGGGUACAUCAGCCGGGCAGAGAUGCUGGAGAUAGUUCAGGCAAUUUACAAGAUGGUGUCAUCCGUAAUGAAGAUGCCUGAGGAUGAGUCAACACCGGAGAAAAGGACAGAUAAGAUCUUCAGACAAAUGGACAUUGACAACGAUGGUAGAUUGUCUUUGGAGGAGUUCAUUAAAGGUGCCAAGAGCGACCCAUCUAUUGUUAGGCUGCUGCAGUCGGAUCAGGGAACCUCUCGUCAGUUCUGAGGACACAAACACACACACUGCAGCACGAGCACACCAACAGCAAUCCAGCUUCAUACCAUUUCCGUGAGAGAGGCUCACUCAACAUCACUUCACAGCCUCUCCCUUCUAUUUAACACUCCAUGUUUACAUUGAUGUAUGAUUCUCGUACAAAUUUGGAUCUUUCUCUUUGGAUCAUGAGCUUUUCAGUAUUGUUUGUGCUUUUUUCCAAACUGCUCUCAAUUUGAUACGGCUCCCUAAGUGAAGUGCCAUAUCGUAUAUUUGUACCGACUGGAUCAUAAACUGUCAAGUAGGCCUCCCAUUAUGUUACACCAAGAAACUAAUAAUUAAGAAUUUUAUUAGACAUGACUGUUAUAAUGUGGCUCAUUGUUCAGGAUAUCAACAGUUGCUUAAAAAGUUGUUUUGAACAAACUAUGCCUUUGAUAUUGCAUGCGCUCAGUGAUGUGUCUUAUUAUAUUGUGAGUUUAUGUGAAUGAGGAGACCACAGU